AUGGCCGUCGGACCCGUUAGCCUGACCGCUGGGUCUCAGUUUCGACACGCUGUUAUUCGAUAUGAUCCCACCACAGACACCGCCACAACGAGCGGCGAGGACGCAGAGACCACAAUUAUAAAGACACUUCAAAGCGCCGACUCUGCAUUAAAAAUCUAUACCAGGGCAUCUUCGCACUUCAACACCCUCCGCGAAACUUACAAUACCCUCAUCACGGCAAAACCACUGCUCUUUAUCCGUGUGACGAGCGUAGAGCAGAUCCAAGCCAUUGUUCGUCUCUACUCCGCUCCUGGAGUCCCUGAAGACAUCAAGAAAAAAUAUCCAUUGAACGUUCGCUGCGGUGGGCAUGAUGUCUGGGGUCGUGGCAGCGUCCAAGACAGUGUAACCAUCGAUCUCCGCGAAUUGGACACCCAAGUUUUGGACGAUACCAAGAAGAUUGUUCGUGUCGGUGGAGGUUUGACGUCACGCAACUUUGUCACUUUCCUGGAUACCCAUGGCCUUUGUACCGCCAAUGGCGCAGCCGGUAGCGUGGGAUGGAUAGGAUGGUCCAUCUGGGGUGGUUUCGGCCCUCUCAAUGACUACACCGGAUUGGGUCUGGAUAACAUCCAGGGCGCUAAAAUUGUGCUCGCCAAUGGAGAACUUGUCGAAGCGGGACCUGACCUCCUCUGGGGUCUCAAGGGCGCUGGUGGUAACCUUGGCAUCGUAGUAGAGACAACUGUUCAAGUAUACCCGAUGCCUCGAAUCCUCGGCGGUUUUAUCAACUACGCGUGGGAUGACGCCGAGUCUGUCCUCUUGAAACUUCAAGAAUUGCUGGAUGGCAAAACCGAGCAUGGACCCGUCCCGGAUGCCGCAUGCAUGCAAAUAGGAUUCAUGAACGGGCGCUGGGGGAUGGGAAUCUCGCUCAUAUUCAUCUGGGCAGAUAGCUCGACUCUAGAAACCGAAGGACGCAGGUGGCUGGAGAUUGUGCGCGGCUUAGGAACAGUUACAUUCGAUACUGUCAAGGAAACCACUUUUAAGGAUUUCCAAAACGUGGUUGGCGCCGUCAUCGACGAGCCAGUCAACGUGUAUACGCGCUGCUUCGUCAUUCCCAAGUGGACACCCAAGACUGUGGAUGUCCUCCUGAACGCUACCAGGGCAAUCCCAAAGAUGCGCAAGUACAAUAUUGGUUCCCACAUUGGUCAUGGAAAGCACACGCGGGAGAACGCAACAUCCUGCUUCCCAUACCGAAAGCCGCACAUCUUGUUCCAUAUUAACGCCUGUGACGACACCGACAAGAUGGACGAGGCGAAGGCCUGGGUGGAGAAGCUAGUCGCCGAUCUGGUUGCGACUGGCGAGGGGGAGUUGGGCGUCUAUGUGAGUUUUAUGGGCGAGGACGAACAGACGAAACAGUCAUUUGCGGACAAUUGGGACCAGAUGCGCGCUAUCAAGGCCAAGGUUGAUCCCAACAAUUUGUUUCAAUUUGCGCAGCCUCGUUUGGCAGACUGA